AUGUAUCUUACUACAGGUCAUGCACAAGUAGACUCGGACGGAUUUCCCUCCAUUUCCUCGCUGAACGAUCCCAUUCCGCCGACGCUUUCCACAUCCAUCGCUCUCCCUGUCCAUUUGCAUCUACUGGCAAAAGCAUAUGGAAUUCCAGAAUCCGAUAUUGUCCAGCUAGCCUGGGCCUUGGCUCUGAGAUCCGUUUGGGGUAUAUUAUCUAUACGCUGGAGCACAGUCAACUGCCCAAAGCAGGCCAUUGAUCAAAGCGCUCAUACUGCCCAAUGGGAGUAUCUCGAGCUGGACGAACAUCAAGCCAUCAGCUGGGUGCUUCGGCAGUGGCAGGAUCCAUUCGUGCAUCGAUAUCUGUCACCUGAUGAGCUGCGAGAAGACAAGCACCAGAUACCUACCACCGUGAUGGCAGUGGUGGAAGAAUACUCCUUUCUUCAGACACUGGCCCCGAUCGGGUCGGAGAUGGGGAUCGGAAUGUGCUUUCAUCCAUCGACGGAGCAGCCCUGGCUCCGAGUCAUCUGGAAUCCAGAAGGAAUGUUAGCAAGCUCCGCGUUUCGUCUCACUCGAGCUUUGGAGACUGCGCUCCAUGCCAUCUUCCUAACGCCACAUGUCAAAGUCGGCGAUCUCACCCUCUUCAGCAUCUGGGAUCAUCAGCAAAUCCUGCAAUGGAACUCCCACUACCCUCAAGCGACCGAUCGUCUCGUGCACGAAAUGUUCAAGGACGUGGUUGACGCGAGCCCGCAGGCCAACGCAGUUGCCGCGUGGGACGGUGAACUGACGUACCGGGAGCUGGAUCGUCUCUCGUCCCGGUUAUCUGGACGAUUGCAGGAUGAGUUCGGCGUMCAGCCGGAGACGAUCGUUGUCCUCUGCUUCGAGAAGUCGGUCUGGGCGAUUGUGGCUAUGUUGGCCGUCGUCAAAGCAGGAGGUGCCUUCUUGCACGUUGAUCCCCAGCACCCGGCUGUCCGACACCAGGCGAUGGUUCAGACAACAGCCGCGCAACUGGUGCUUUGCUCUGCACGGACACGCAGUAUCAUAUCGAGAUCUGUCCCUGAGUGUACAUCUAUGGUGAUUGACCGCAGAGCGUUCUCUGUUGAGCCAGAUCACGCACAGCAUGAGCCCCUAAUCUCAUUUCAGAAUCCAAGUCCCAGAAAUGCUGCUUAUGUAGUGUGCACAUCAGGAAGCACGGGCACCCCGAAGGCCAUCGUUGUUGAGCAUGCUUCGCUGUCUACUAGCGUAGACGCCCAGGCCAACGCCAUGGAGAUCUCGCCGGGAUCGCGCGUCCUGCAAUACGCAGCCUAUACAUUCGAUGUCAGUGUCGGUGACAUUUUCACGGCCCUGACGCACGGCGCGUGUAUAUGUAUUCCCUCUGACUGGGAGCGUUCUCACGACAUUGCCGGGGCCAUCAAUCGCUUGGAUGUCAAUCAAGCAUGUCUGACUUCGACAGUGGCGAGUAUACUGUCGCCCGCCGAGGUUCCAGGCCUGGAGAAGCUCACCCUAGGGGGUGAGCCAGCCACACCGCAGUGUGUUGAUAUUUGGGCUGGACACGUGCGAUUAAAGAAUGUCUAUGGGCCUGCAGAGUGUACAGUUUGGUGCAUGAUCCAACCCGAGGUCUCCCGGCACAUUUCGGUAUCCAACAUCGGCCACGGGAUCGGCGCUCGUGCCUGGAUCGUCCACCCAGAGGACCACGAUCGUCUGAUGCCCAUUGGCGCCGUGGGGGAAUUACUCAUCGAAGGGCCACUGGUUGCGAGGGGUUAUCUGAAUGACUCGACGAGGACCGAUGCAGUAUUCCUGUCGCAGCCUCCCAGGUGGCUAGAGUCUUUUGGACCAACACCUUCGCGGAGUAGAUUCUAUAAGACAGGAGACUUGGCCCGAUAUGGCCCUGCGGGGGCCUUGUUGUUUGAAGGUCGCAAGGACACACAGAUCAAGCUCCGAGGCCAACGGAUUGAGCUAAGCGAGAUUGAAUAUCGCUUGCAUCGAGCUUUGUCUGACCAGGUUGCUGUGGCGGUCGAACUUGCACAUCCAAAGGGGUCGACUGCGCCGGUAUUGGCUGCUUUCAUCACUUGGGGCCAGGGGAUAGAUCUGCAAAAGGUGCAAAACUUGACCCACGAUGCACGGCAACAGUUCGAAGAAUUGGUUGCUCAGAUCAAGGCUGAGAUCGAACAAGCUCUACCACCAUACAUGAUACCGGGUCUCUUCAUCCCGGUCCAGACGCUGCCCUUGACAACUUCCGGCAAGCUCGAUCGCAAGUCACUGCGCCAUUUUUGUUCCCAAUGCUCCCAUGAAUUCCUGAAGAAGCUGGAUGAUCCCAAUCCAGAUGCCGCUCCUAAGGAGAGCGCAAACCCAGCCGAGGAGAACCUCGUUCGGCUUUGGGCGCAGGUUCUGGAAAGGAAAAGCGAGAGCAUUCGUCGGAAUGACAACUUUCUUUCCCUGGGAGGAGAUUCACUGGCAGCAAUGCGGCUUGUGAAUCUGGCGGCAAGGGAUUUGCGAUUGACUCUCACUGUCACGGAUGUCUUCAACUCUCCGAUCCUGGCGGAUCAGGCGAACCUUCUCCGGCCACUUGUCCAGGCGAAACAUAUUGCGCCCUUCGAUUUGGUGAUCGAUGGCGAUCUUCCGAUUCAAGACUUGGUGGAUUCGGUGGCAAAGCAAUGUGAACUGACCUCCGACCAAGUCGAAGAUGUCUAUCCAUGUACUCCAUACCAGGAAGAGAUGAUACGUGAUUCGCUAUACGGCACGCGGACACAGACGGGCCAGGAAGUCAUUCAACUUGCCCGCGAUCUGGACCUCUCGCGAUAUAUGAGCGCAUGUGCCCGGGUGUUUCAACGGUGCCCCAUUCUGCGGACUAGAUUCGUGGAGACCUCAGGCAAGCUCCUUCAAGUGGUCAUUCGAGAAGAUCUCCCAUGGCAGCGGCCGACAUCUCUUGCCGCAUAUUUGGAGGCUGAUAACCAGGAGCCACCGUCGCUGGGAAAGCCGCUCGCACGAUGGGCAUUGACGUUGGACGGCACGCACCUGAUAUUGACGAUGCAUCAUGCGGUAUUCGAUGGCAUUUCGCUGGGCCAGAUUUUCGGCGCAAUAUAUGCUGUAUAUCAGUCGAUCCCGCUUCCCCCAGUGAACUUGACCUUUGCAACGUUCGUUGGGAAGAUAUACCAGCCGCAUAAUGAUCUGUCUGAUGCCUCCAAACGAUUCUGGAGAUCCUAUCUGUCUCCGACCACGGGUUCCAACGAUGUUCCCCUUUUGGACGUUGAGCCCGCCGGUCGACCCUGCGCCAGCUCGGGUACACAACGUCUGGUGAUAUUCCAGGCCGGUGCAGUCACAGCUUUACAGCAGCACGGACUUACAGAAGCAACCCUGGCCCGCGCAGCCUGGGCAUGUACAUUGGCUCGGCACCGCAAAAGCCCCAACUCAGACGUGAUCUUCGGCACGAUCUUGACCGGGCGCAACAUCCAUCUUCCCGGCGUCGACGAGUUGGCUGCCCCGACUCUGGCACAUGCGCCAAUUCGGGUCCGCAUGUCUGCUGCGCAACAGGAGAAACCAGCCCACUUUCUCGCCCGUGUCCAGGCUGAUGCGACCGCCAUGAUUCCCUUCGAGCAUGAUGGGAUGGACCGCAUCCGCGCGAUCGACGAACAGGUCCGGGUGGCCUGUGACACCAUGCGGACGUUGCUUGUGAUUCAGCCGAUUCCGGAAGGGCUGAAUUUGGAUUCAACGUCCCCCUUUCCUGGACCGAUCCUUUCGGGCCCACGAGUUGAAGCUCGGGAGAUGCGGCAUUUCCACUGGUAUGGCCUCCUCAUGGAGUGCACGUUGCUACCAAUGGACGGCUUCUUUGUUCGAAUGUCCUUUGACGAUACGCUAUAUUCGCCCGAGGCGGCAGAGAGGCUGCUGGAUGAUUAUUCGCGAACUCUCCACGAGUUGGCUCAUGGAUUGACUGAAGGAGAACCUCAUGUCGAUUGA